AUGGAAGCCAUUCAGAUGACCAUGCAGACAAAGCUGUCAAAGAGCAGAGUGUCUCUGCCUUACAGCCACAAACUUAUUCUGACGGAGGACAAGUCAAGAAGGGUGACUCCAUCUGUUUACAUCCUGGAAAUGCAACAGUCCACAGAGGAGCGCCUGGCAAACACCAAGGAGAUGCACCCGCCCCGGAUCGUGGAGCUGCUCGACAUGAGCAGGACGACAAAUCACAAAUUGUCCUUGGUGGACAUAGACCAGGCACUUUUCCAGCCCUGCCCAUCCGAGCUGUGCUUCCAGAACUUCUCUCCUGCACAGACCCACAAGCUGCCGCUGAUCCUCUUCAACAUGGACAAGGUUUCUCGACAAGUGAAGCUGGAGCUGCCGGUCUCAGAGUAUUUCCAUGUGGAAUCCUCAAAGGAUUCAGGUAGCAAGGUUGCACCCGGAAUGUCUACGACUUUCACAGUAUGCUUCACCCCGCAAGAGAACAAGGACUACGACCACAAGCUGGUUUUCGUGACGGAGAGGGAGCGGUUUGAGGUGCCGGUCCGCGCCAUCGGGCCCCGGGCCAUCCUCGACUUCCGAGAUGAGCUCUAUCUACCGCUCUGUCCCGUGAAAGCCUCCACAGAGAGGACUCAGCUAAUCCGCAACAUAGGAAACCGCAUUGCUAAGUUCACGCUGCGCACACAAAGGCCUUUCUCUGUGACGCCCUCCUCUGGGACUCUUGAUACAGGCGAGAGCAUGCAGGUGACGGUGAAUUUCCACCCAAUGACCACAGGAGACCACAGCGAGGACCUGGGCCUGCACUACGACACUGGUGAGGACGUGUGCAUCAGCCUGUACGGAGCUUGUGAGGAGAUGAACUUGAAUCUGAACCCGGACUCUAUCGUGUUGACCAACACUUACAUCUCCAUGGCCAACGUGAACAACGUGUCUCUCACCAACACCAGUGACAUCCCCAUUCACUACUGCUGGUCAGUGUGGCCCAGCCUGGAAGAGCAGGACCUGUGCUUAUUGAGAAAUAGCUCAGUAGCUCAGUGCUCCUGCAGAAAGGAGGAGGGAGGCUUGAUUCGUCGGUGUGAGUCUGACCCUAUGGCGAUCCACCCCCUGCUGGCCAGAGCUGUGCAGGAAUGUAGGAGCCAGGAUUCAAAGGACCACCUCGUCGCCCUCUCACAGAGCUGCAUCAACGUGGUGGCUCAGGAAGGUGAAAUAUGGCCCAACGUCACUGCACAGUUCAACAUCGUCUUCAAGCCCGAGGAGUCCAAGCUCUACCAGCAGACCAUAUACUGUGAUGUCACAGGUCGUGAAUCUCGGUUACCUCUCACAAUCCAGGCUGAGGGCAUGGGACCUAAACUCCACCUCAACUACAACCUGCUGGAUAUGAAAAAUGUUUUCAUCGGUAGCAAAAACUGUUUUGAGGUACUGGUGUCCAACAAAGGGCUGAUUGAUGCUCCCUUCAAGCUGUCUCGUCCCGACACCACUUUGGGCCGAUGUUUCUCCUUCAGUCCCGAGGAAGGUGUCAUUCCCUCGGGGGGCUGCCAGAUUGUGGAGGUCACCUUCCACAGUCGCAUCCUGGGAACCUUCUCUGAGGACUUGCUGCUGGCUGUCACCGGGCAGCCCAAACCACUUACCUUGACCUUCAGGGGCUGCGUCGUUGGUCCCACAUUCCACUUCAAUGUCUCAGAGCUCAAUUUUGAAGAUGUGGCCUUUGGCUUCCCACAUAGAACGGUUUGCACCCUCUUCAAUACCUCUCUGGUGCCGAUGACCUUUGCCCUACGUGUCCUUGGAGAUGGGCUGGGAUCGCCGAGCGUUAGCUGGUCCGAACAGGUAUCUGCAAAGUCCAGAAGCAAUUGGCGAAGCAGCGCUGCUCGAGACAUUCAUGCCCGGCCUGUGGAGUUCACCGUCAGCCCGGCCGUCGGCACUGUUCGAGCCUUGUCCGAGGUUAAAAUUAAGGUGACGCUGUGCUCCAACACGGCCGGGAGCUACAGGCUGGCUCUGGUGGUGGAUGUCGAAGGUGUCGGGGACGAGAUCAUGACUCUGCCCAUCAAUGCCAGAUGUGUUGUGCCUGAGAUUGUGCUGGAGACUCCGGUGUUGGACUUUCAGAGAUGUUACCUCAAUUACUCCUAUGAACAGCAAGUGCGGCUCAGCAACCCCAGCACUCUGCCGGUCUGCUACGGGCUGCUGGACCAGGAAUAUGAGGAGAAUCCAUCACAGCUUUUUGGCAGUUCCCGACCCAGAGGAGUGAUUUAUCCUCACACUCCGGAGACGGUUCCCGUGUUCCUGCUGACUAAGGCUGUUGGAAGGCUGCAGCACAGUCUACAUAUUGCUGUGUUUGGCAGUGUUCAACCACCCCUGGAGGUGGUCUUGUCGAGUAUUGGACAGGGUCCGGUUGUUCAUGUUCAGAUCCCACAGCUGGACUUUGGCAAAAUCCCAGUUCUGACAGACGUCCCCAGGACCCUCCAACUGUCGAACCAGUCCCCUACUCCAGCCAACUUCACGGCUCGCAUGAGCCGCGGGAAGUCCUUCUGGCGUGUGGAGCCCAGUGAAGGUGAAGUACCACCUCACAGCCAGCUGGAGCUUUGUGUAGUUGCUCACCUGAAGGACACAAUCGAGUUCCAGGACAGAAUGGAAGUGUCCAUCCAGCACGGGAGAACGCUCAAGGUCCCGCUGUCCGCCACAGGCACCGGCACCACAAUCGUCAGUGACAGGCCUUUUGCCCCGAUCCUUGACUUAGGGACAUACUUCAGCCAAAAGCCAUGCGAGUACCACUUCAAGCUGACCAACCAAGGCCAACGGGUUCACCGGAUGUACUGGGCGACUGAUGGCAACCCGCCCCAGACCAAAAGCCGCAGGUUGAACAACUUGUCUGGUCGACCCGUCCUGCCCCCCAUCUCGGACCCCAAGAAGAAGGAUGUCCAGAAGCGUGGAUCACAGCCCUCCUGUGACAGAGACAAGCCAGUGUUCAGCCUCAUGCCUUGUCGGCUGGAGCUUUUCCCAGGCUGCUCGGCUGAUAUGGUGCUGACGGGAUCCUCAGACUCAAACAAGGUUGUACAGGAGCGUCUGCUGUGCAAAGCCAUCGUGGGUCAGCUGGGAACUUACGAGGUGCUCAUGUCUGUAGAUGUCACCUGUCGCUUUGUUGCUCCAGUGCUCGCCUUCUCCUCCAAUCAGCUGGACUUCUACAUCGAGAAGGUUCCAGGAAAUGAUAUCAGGCCUCUCUAUGAGAAACUGGUCUUGAGGAACGUGUCGUCUCUGAACCUGUCCAUGAAGCUCUCUCUUGUGGAGCCAUUCUCUCUGUGUGACGGCCCCGGAGCUCAGAGCUCAGCUUCCACCAGGUCCAUGGCUUUAGGUGAUGGGAAACAGGCUGACUUGUGGGUGUGCUUUCAUCCAGAUUGUCAAGAUCGGGAGUCACGACUUGUGGAGGAGUUCCUUGAGGUGCAGUACGAGGGACACCCACAGAAGGACUUGGUGGCGCUGCACGCUGAAGUCCACUUCCCCAACCUGCACUUCUCCUCCACCACAGUGGACUUUGGCUGCGUGCUCAACCACUCAGAGACCAAGAGAACGAUCACAAUCACCAACUGCUCCAAGUUGCCUGUGUCCUACCGCUGGUCCUUCCAGGAGGACGAGAACUGCGCCCUCAGGACUGGUGUGGAUGAGGUUUUUGACGUGUUGCCGUUGUACGGCCGCCUGCAGCCCGGAGACCAGCAGCGCGUGAAUCUGUCUUUCUAUGGCCACACUCACAUUAGCAGAGAGGUGACAGCCCUGUGCCAUGUGGAGGAGGGGCCCGCAUAUGAAAUCAAACUCAGUGGAGAAGCGUCAGUAAUCAGCUACAGCCUUGACUCCACCCACGUCAACUUGGGUGUGCAGCUUUUCGAUCACGUCGGGGAAGGUGUGCUGACCCUGAAGAACACUGGCAAAGUGGGCUUCAAAUUCAACAUCACACACCCACAGAAGGACCCAGAAGAGGAGGAGCAACAACAAGAUGCAAAAGACAAUGCAGAAAAUGAAGCGCUGCAGAAAGUCAGACCUGGUCAGCCCAUGGUCGUCCCAUCCUCGGGUCACAUCGAUGCUGGUGUGGAGCAGCGCCUGCGUGUGCUCUACCUCCCCGGCGCCCCGGAGGUUUUUGAGAAGUGGCUCCAGCUGAACGUGGCGUUCCUUCCAUCUCAGGACAUCACUGUGACUGGAGAGGGAGUGUUCCCAAGGAUCAGCCUGGACCUACCUCGAAACCUGUCAAACGAGUGCUACAGUGACGUGGUGCAACAGGCCCGAACAACCAUGGAGGCAAAUGGGGUCUCGGCUAUUAGUGAAGGAUCGACAGCAGAGAACAGCCACACACUCAGUCAGUAUGAAGAGCUGCUUAACCUGGAGGUCGACAGAGCGCUGGUCAAACAAAACGCUAUCGCCAUGACAGCCAGCUUCCUGAAGCUAAGGUGCUCCGAGAGCUCCUUUCGAAAGUGUGACAAACUUAGCAAGUUCCUGCUGCCAGAGUACGUUCUGGAUUUUGGUCACGUGAUUCCCAGGACAGUCCUCCGCCACACUGUGAAUGUCACCAACUCUGGAUCAGUACCUGUGUCGUUCCACGCCAAUCACAGACCGCUUGCCGACACAGGUUUCAGUGCUGAGUUUGAACGGGUGAAGAAUCUGCCCUGUGCUGAGACUCGGACCUUCAAAGUUAAAUUUGACCCUCAAGGAGCCAAACAGCAGCUGGGAUACAUCAGGGUUGUCAUGCCGAUACAGGUUGCAGGAGGUCCGAUGGUGCAGGUGCGGCUGAGCGCGGUGGUGAAUGUGCCGGCAGUUACUGUUUCCACGGAUUCACUCCAGUUCGACUCUGUACAGUGUGGCAUGUGUCAGACCAAGAUAAUACAGCUGGAUAAUCACGAGUCUGUGCCCUGCGACUGGAGCAUGGCUGAGCACGUGAAGCCUUUUCCGAAGGUUGACAAGUUCCUGCCUCUUCAUCUGCGUAAGAAAGUCUGGCAGGCGCAGCGAUCUCCUCCCCCGGUGUUUGUGAUGAGUCCCUCCUGCGGCGUGCUGGCCCCUGGGAAACGAGUCAACGUCCACAUACGCUUCGGUCCUACUGAAGGGCUUGCGUACCAGCGGCAGCUCAUGGUCCGCGUGGCUGAGAACGCUGAGCCGGUGGUCAUUACUGCCCAGGGUCAGGGGGAGGAGCCACAGCUUGAGUUCUGCCCGUCGCUGCUGGUGCUGGGACCUAGCCUGCCUUCGUCCACUGACGUCGAGUCUGAGGUCAUCGUCAGGAACCCCUGCUCGUUUCCCAUUGAGUUCUACUCCCUGGACUUCGACCCACAGUAUCUGGAGGAAGAGAAGAUCCUGCGUCUGAUGCAAGGUUACGAUGAGAACAACAUCCUGCUGCUGCCCCCCAGAGUCCCUGGAGAAAGUCUUCCCAGAGAACUGAUCGACUUCUACAAGGCACAUUGCUCCCAGCUGAAAGGAGACGUCAUGUCAGAGAUGACCACAGAGGAAAGCAGUGGGAAAGCGGGAGAGCUCGACACGAACCCAGUCGCCAGAGCGAUCGCCCGCCACAUGAGUGAUGACCUUCCAACCGAGAAUCUGGCUAAACGCGACUGCAUAGGCGUUGUGAUUAUUGUGUAUGGAGCUCCACAGACAGAUGGGAGCAACACAGCCGCUGAUCUGGCUCGUCACUACGGAGCUGCAUGUGUCAGUGUUGAUGCAGUGGUCACAGAUGUGCUGACUCAUGGCACCUCACCUGCUGGCUUGACGGCAAGACAACUCUAUGACUUCGCUGCGGCCGAGUACGCAAGGAAAGAAGAGGCUGUAACCACCUCCUUUGCUGUACUGGUGAUUCAGGGAGGAGAUGUGAACUCACUCAGGAGUCUCUUACCUGAUCAUCUACUGGUUGAUAUCCUGGUGGAGAGACUUCAGUCAAAGGACUGUCACCGCGGGGUCGUGAUCGACGGCCUGGAGUCCGUGUACUCUCAAUCUGUGGCCAGCACGCUGCAAGUCAUCCUCAAGGCCCUGAAGAACAGCAAAUACAUCUACGUGAUCAAUUUGUUCGACUCCUUUGUUGCCAGGACGGCACGGGACAAAGCGCAGAGAGAAGCUGAGGAGGCUCUGCAGAAGGAGAAAGAGGAGAGGGAGGAGCAGUGGUUUCUGGAGCUGGAUGAGGAGGAGUACGACGCUCUGCCAGAGAAGAAGAAAGAAUAUCUUAGACAGCAACAAACAGACAGAGUCCAACGGCAGAAACUCAGGGAGAUUGAGCUAAUUGCGAAAGAGGAGGAAGAGAGGAUGCAGCAGCAGGAGGAGUUGAACAGGCUGAGAGAAGAAGAGUUGAAGAAGAAGGGAAAAAAGGGUGGGAAGAAAGAUACUAAAGACAGUGCGAGGAGGAAGAGUGCAGUGGAAGGAAAGCCGGUGAAUAACCACCCACAAAAACACAGUGAUGAGUCACAAAAGGAGACGGAAGACAACAAGACGGAGAUAGAAGAGACUGAGGAAACUGCAGAUGUGACGAAAACCAAAAAGACUGGAGAAGGGUCCGGGAGGAAGGGUCCACCUGGUGGAAAGGAGAACAUGCGUAGAAACUCAGACACACUAUACGAAUACACACUUUUUACUUUCAUGAACAAAUACUUAAACUCUUCUUCUAACUCAGCCUCUCAAGGUAAAGAGGGGGUUCAAUCACCCAAGAAGACAGACGACGCUAAGGGACCUGGAGAGACGCCUGAAGACGUGGAGGGAGAAAUGACGGUGGUGUCUGAGCUGCACGCUCAGUUCAUUGCCUACGAUCAGAGUCAAGUGCAGGUGGAGCACAUCCUGAAGAACUGGGACCGGGCCAGGGUCUUGUUGCUGGUGCCGCUUGCCAGUGAAGCUCCACCAGUGCCAGAGGAACCCCCGGCUGACAAACAGAGUCCUUAUGGCAAAAGGAGCAAGAAAGCCGCCGCCAAGAUUGUGUCUCCGAUGCCUGUGAUAGCAGAAGCAGAAAAGGAAGGAGACAAGUUGCCUCCUCCGGUCCUCAUCCCUCACAUUGUGCUCAACGUAACACAGAAGGACCAUCCCAGUCCCUUCGAGCUGCUCAGAGGCAGCAGCCUGCCUCCACUGGAUGAGGUGUUGGAACAUUUGGGGCUGGGACCCAGCACCACACCCACCCCGGCUCCUGUCACCUUCUCGGUUGUUCCUUUCCCCCAAAACAGGGAGAAAACAAACGCCCGACUCACCCAUGAGCAUUUCACCUUCCUACUUACUCCAGCGCCGGACAAACAUGGUGAAGAGACCAGAGAGUCAGAGGAUGAUGUUUUUGUGUGUUUGUGCCAAUUAAAGGAAGAGACAAUUGUGUCUAAACCUCGCCGCAAGGGCAGCAGUAAGGAGACCCCAGUCGCAAAGGACAAGGAGUCAGUCUCUAAAAAAAGCAGAGAGAGUCAGAGGAGCAAGAGCCGAACCUCGACCAAGAAAAAAUCCAAUCUCCCGACCCGCACGACUACGCUGAAUGACGCCACGGGUGAGGCCAACGAACUAGACCAUCACCAAGAACUCUUAGAGCAGAAACGCAGUCAGAGCCUGACGACGUUUCGCUGGGUCGUACCAGCCAACGGGGAAGUGCUUCUGAAGAUCUGGUUCUACUCCGACUCCCUGGGGAAGUUUGAACGGACCUUUCACUUUGAGCUCCUGGGAUCCCAGAGAACCUACCAGCUCCCCUGCAGAGGAAUUAGCAUGUUUCCCUCCAUCUGCAAAGAUUACAGAACUCUGUUUGCUCUCAGUAAAAAGGUGCCACAAAUGGUAGAAGGCCUCCAGAAGAGCUAUGUUGUCAAACCUGGAUAUUUUGAGUUUGGGCCACUGCUUUGUUGCAAGACUAGAGACAGAUUCAAGGAAAACAGGUACCCAGAGAACACACAGAGGUUGGUGAUUCAUAACAACUCAGGUCUGGAGGUCGAGGGCGACUUCCAGUUCCAACAUGACACACAUGCCAAUACGUUUCUGCUGGACCCUCCAACCAUGACUCUCAAACCAGACGAGAAAAAGGAGUUGACGGUGUGGGCCUACCCGACGAAGAUGGCACAGAUUAAUGACAGUGUCAUCUGCUGUAUCAAAGACAAUCCAGAGACUUUCACUAUCAACUUCUCGUGUUGCGGCGUCAAACCAGAGCUGGAGCUGGAUAGCAGACAUAUGCACUUUGACAGAGUUCUGCUGCACAGGCUAAUCAGCCGUAACGUGACUCUACGUAAUAGGUCAGCUCUGCCUGUAUUCUGGAGACUGCAGGGUUUGGAGGAUUUGGGGGACGAGUUCAGUGUGCCGCAGGAUCAUGGCAUCCUCUCAACCAACUGCUCUUUCCCCCUGAGGUUAAACUUCGGGGCCAAGAAGCCAUUAAACAUCAAGAAGACCUUGCGUUUGGAGGUGUCGGACGCUGAGAAGAUUUUCGGCAUCAUACAUAUUGAACAAAUAUUGGUCACAGCUGAAGCCUAUGAUGUAGCUCUGGACAUCUCACCAGAUGGAGUUCUAGACUAUGGAACCGUUCGAGCCUUUGAAGAGAAUAAACUCCCUCUUAAGAUGAAAAACCAAGGAAAAUAUGAAAUCUCUUACAGGUACAUGAUUGAGCGGACGGAACCAAACCAGCCAGACCUCGACUCCAUUUUCACCGUGUCGCCCCAGUUUGGCAGUCUAAUGCCCCACGAGAAGGCGACACAAGUUCAGAUCUACCUCAAACCCAAAUGUGAACUCAAACUCAAGGAUCAACCCAUCCUGUCUUGCCAGUUGAUUGAACCCAACAGUGCGAGUGGAGGCGAAACCAUAGCCAUCUUGACCAUCAAGGUUUCAGUCCACUCGGUCUUCUCCAGGUACAAGAUCACACCUGUGUGCGACAUCAACUUCGGUCCCCUGGCCUACGGCUGCAAGAAAACCCUGAGCUUCACGAUCGAGAACACCGGAGUCUUUGAGACCCGUUACAGCGUCUGCCGUUUGGGCACAGACUCUUCUCAAACAGUCAAGCCAGUGGUCCCAGAGAAGAAGGAGAAUGUUACAGGGAGGCCCAAAGUGAGAAACGAGUCCGCCCAGAAAGACCUGACAGCUUUACAGAAUCGCCUCACGCUGGGGGUCUUCUCAGUGUCUCCCUGCUUGGGGGUCCUGCAGCCAGACUCUCCGCAGGUGGUGACGGUGGAGUGUGCAGCUGACCAGCUGGGCAUCUGGAGCCAGGGUUUGCUCAUUGACGUCACUGACCGUGACCCCUCAGACCAGCCUGAGGGCAUUCCAUACACACUGCUGGCUAACAUCUGCAAGCCCGACAUAGCGUUAGACAUGGCCUCCAUCUUUGAAGAACAUCACAUUUGUCCCAGCAGCAGAGAGCUCUCCUCUGAGGAGUAUAACGAUGCUAAAGGGAUUUACGUCCUGGAUGAGAACAAGUUCAUCUUCAACAAAGUCCUGGUCAGGGGAGCAGUUCAGGCUCGCUUCAAGCUCAGCAACAGCAGCAAGGUGCCCUGUGUGCUCGGCUUGUCCAUCAAAUACGCUGGUUCCAAGGCGACCCGUCAGGUGGAGGCUUUUGAUUUGCCUGCUACAACCCUGAACAUCGCCAGCCAAUCGCACGCAUUCGCUGUGGUCACUUUCACGCCGCAGUCGAUGCAGCUCUACAAUGCUGUGUUGGAGGUCACAGUGGAGGGAGCCAGCCGAUCGACACCCACCUUCAAGACCAAGGUGCUGGAGUUUGAACUGGUGGGAGAGGGCAAUCUGCCCAGUGUGUGUGUGCUGCGUCCGGCGCUGAAGACCAGCGAAGGAAGCCCGGCGUUACAGUUCAGACGGGAAUUAGUCGGGAGAAGAAAUACUCUGCCCCUGGUGCUGCUGAAUGAUGGAACUGUUACAGCUCAGGUUCAGAUUGACAUGCUGGAUAAACAUGGUGUGUUCAGCUUCGUCGCUGCUCCAGGCAACACCUGCAGCUCCAUCCACUUCACACAGGAGGAGUGCGGCACGGACUCAGAUAAUCACCUGGUGCACAGAGCCACUCUCAAGCUGGAUGUUGAUGAACAGGCGGAGAUGAUGGUCAGUUAUUGCUCUGAUGAGCCCUUGAAGGUCAAGGCCAUGUUGACACUGCAGGUGGAGGACAACCAGAGCAGCAAUACCAUUAUACAAGUGACCGCAGAGACUUACCAGCAAAUCGUCUCUCUUGACAACAUCAACUGGUCAACACAGGAAAUGGACCGGGACAACGAGAGAGGUGAGAGAAGAAAGGAGGGCCGGAGAGCAGAGUUCAACAAAAAUCUGCAUUUUGGUGACUGCCAUGUAGACUGUCACUACCAAGAGAGUUUCACCAUGAAGAACCACAGCAGCAACCAGGCGGUGAGGUUUGAGUGGCCUCCCGCUGGACCUCAGCUCGUCUUUUCCCCACAGGUGGGACACCUUCAUGCCGGUUGUUCCAAAGAAGUGACCGUCACCUUUAGCUCCCACCAGCCAGUGACCAUGAAAAGCAAGCUCAUGAAGUGUAAGGUUUGCCAGGUGGAGUUCGAGCAGCCAGUGGACCAGGUGGCCGACUGGGACGACCGGCAGAGGACGGUCCAGUGGCUGAGUGGCUCUAAAGAGGAGGCUGCUUCACAAUCAGAGCCACCUGCCAAGAGUCAGGUGUCGAACCCCGAACCUGAGCCGUGCUGCUCUGUGGUCGAGGGCUCGCAGUGGGAUUUGGAUUUGCAGAUCAGCGCAGCUUGUGACUUUGUGAUGUUCACCUGCAACGACACCAGCAUCUACUUCGAGGACACCAUGCUCUACCAAAGAAGAGACCACCAGCUGCAGCUGACCAAUCAGAGGGGUGUCAAGCUGGAAUACUCCUGGCAGGUUGUCAUGGAUCCGAGCAGCAACACGGCCAACGACCAAGAAGGUAUAACAACAACAACAACAUCAUGAAUUCAAUGUGUGAUUUCGUCGUCGGCAGACGCCCGUCCUCAGAGCACUGGGUCCAGUGACAUGACUCUUCAGAGGGAGGGGCCUGAGCUGCCUCCCUUCAGUGUGGAGCCCAGCAUCGGGUUCAUAGCUUCUGGUUCCACGCAGAACUUCAGCGUUUGCUUCUCGCCUCUGGAGGUCGCCCAGUUCCAGGGCAGGCUGCUCUGCAGUAUUCCCAACCUGCAGGAAGAGGUCCAGGCUCCCUGUAUCCCAGUGUGCGGCCGCAGUCUACAGCCCCACUGCCACUUUGACCUGGAGGACUCGGACUACGUCACUGGGAACCACCGCAACCCAGAGUUCAGGGACUCGCUGGCCCCCGACAUCAGGAUCAUCGAGUUCAACGCUGUCGGCCUCUCGGUGUCGUCCACACGGUCUUUUGCAGUGUUGAACCCAACCGGCAAACUUUACUCCUACAGUUGGAAGUGUGAGGACGCAGGUGGCAGCUUGUUUCGUUGUCUGACCCCACGUGGCAUCGUCAUGCCUGGGAAGCACGUGGAGAUGUCGUUUGAAUAUGUAGCCGAGCAGCUGGAUGUGGUGGAGUCUUUCUGGAGCUUUGUGAUUGAGACUCUGCCGCUGACACUUCCCUUCCUGUUUGUGGGAAACGCCAGAGAGCCGCUGGUGUUUCUCAGCAGACCUCUCAUCAACCUGGGAGAACUACUCGUCGGUCACAAAGUGGAGCAGACAGUUGAUCUGGUGAAUGCAGAGGAGGAGCCUUAUCACUUCUCGGUGCAGCAGACGUCUCUGCUCUGUGACGACCAGCAGUCCAGCAUCAUCGUUCAGCCCAUGAGUGGCACAGUGGCAGCUAAAGACAGGCUGCCGUUGACUGUGUUCCUCUCACCUUGCCGGGAGGGCUAUGUGAGCUGUAGGGUGAUUCUGAGGGUGAAGAAGAAGUCAGAGGUGCUCACACUCAUUGUGAAGGGCGACUGCUUCAUCAUGAACACUUUGCUUCAAGUUGAGAAUCCAGACGGGGGCCUGAGAGAGGUCGACUCCAACCACGCAGUCACUCUGGACUUUGGAGAGGUUGACAUUUCAAAGCAACCCACCAUUCACUUUCUGGUGACCAACCUGGCGAGAUUCAGCAUGGAUGUGAAUUUUGUCCUAACGGGUCCCAGUGAGCUGCUGAAAUACUUGGAGGCAAAACCACAAAAUGCUUCUGUUGAGAGUGGAAAGCAGCUGCAGCUGUCGCUCUUGUUCUGUCCCCGAGGAAGCUGCUACCUUCAGGAUGUCAUCCUGACUAUAAAGGUAAAAUACGGGCCCACAUUUACCUUUGUGGUUUCAGGCAGGGCUGUAGCACCGACCCUGGAUUUCUCCUUCACCGAAUACAGUUUUGGCAAGUGCUUCCUGUACUGUCCCGGCAUGCUGCAGCCGUGCCAGACUCUGGUGAUCAGCAACAAAGGCGCCCUAGACAUCAGUGUCCAGAGCCUGUUCAAGAACACCUCUUACCUGGAGAUGGAUUUCGAGUCCAUGGUUUUGUUACCUGGUGCCGUGAAGGAGGUACCAGUCACCUUCUUCCCCCGAGAGGAGUGUCGGUACCACGAGCGGCUCGGCUUCCUCUUAAACGGCUGCGUUACCAAACAGGUGGAGAUACACGGACAAGGGGUCGAGAUGAAGCUGCAUGUCGAGGAUCCAAAGCACAAAGAGGUGAAACUGGGAUCUUUGAUGUUGGGUCAGAAGGUGAAAAAACAGGUGGUUCUGGUGAACCGCAGCCGUAGAGAGCUUUCCUUCACUCUGCUGCUCCACUCAGACACACCUCUGGACCCAAAGGAUCUGUCGUUCAGUCCAGCAGGGAAACUGAGCCUGAAGGCUCGUGGUGGAUCUUGUAAGGUUGAGAUCCAGUUCUCUCCUCGUCAGCACAUCCCUCCUUUCAAAGCUGAGCUGCAGGCUGAGCUGUUAGGCCUGUUACACCCUCUGCUGACCAUCCAAGGCUGCUGUCACGGUGUGGAGGUGCAGCUGGACCAGGAGCACCUGGCCUUCGGACCUGUCGCUCAGCAGUGCCAGAAGACCAAGAGGAUUGUUAUGACAAACAGCGGAGACAUUGGUGUGAGUUUCCACUGGAAGAAGAGGAGCUUCCCUGCAGAGUUGUCCAUCUCGCCGUCUAAAGGCUUCAUCAGUUCUGGCAUGAAGGUCCCUUUUGAUUUGACUUUUGCCCCCAAGGACCUGAGUAAGGACACGAGAUACGAGAACCUGACCUGCUCCGUCGAGAGCCUCCCCUCACCCGUCACCCUCACCGUGACAGGCUCCUGCAUCUCAGCUUCCACCAGCAAAGAGGUGGUGAAUUUUGUCUGCCCGGUGCGCUGCUCUCACCCUCAAACCCUGACACUGGUAAACCCCACAAUCUUGCGCUGCACCAUCCGACCGGUCAUCGAGGGGAAGCAGUGGAGAGCGGCGCCCUCUGUGACCCUGGAGGCUCAUCAGAGUAAAUCCUACGAGAUCACCUACAGACCGCUGACCAUGACUGCUGAAGGAAAGAAACACAUGGGGUCCGCCUUCUUCUCCUUCCCUGAUGGGAGUGGCCUGAUGUACCCGCUGCAGGGAACCGCUGACCCUCCCAAGCCAGAGGACACUGUUAAUUAUGAGCUUCCUUCCAAGACUCAACACACACAUUCUCUCCCUGUGCACAACUGGCUCUCAGAGAAACAGAGGUUCAAUGUGCAGAUAAAGAUACUGAAGCCUGAAAAGCCCGAUGCCACCAUGUCCCUGGAGGGUCCGAAGUUCAUCAAUGUUCCUGUUCUGGCGAAGGCCGACUACAAGAUGACUUUCUCCACAUACAGAGAGGGGCAGUACAACUGCAAGGUGACGUUUCUUAACGAGGGGACAGGCGAGUACUUGUUCUACCUGGUAAACUUCAAGGCCACUCCUUCAGAAGUCCUGUCCACCAUCAAGCUGGUGAGCAUCGUGCGCCGGACGGCCUCAGACACCGUGCAGGUGGAGAACCCCCUGACCACCUCCACCUGCCUCGCCACCGAGUGCAAAUGCGCCGACAUCAGUGCCCCCCCUCAGCAGACUGUGCCCGGACUGUCCAAGGGUUCUCUGAGCUUCGAGUACCAGCCUCUGCGUGUAGGAGAAUCCACGACCCGGCUCACCCUGUUCAGCACCGAUCUGGGUCACUACCACUACGACCUGCUGCUCAAAGCUCUGCCAGCACCGCCGGAGAAAACCGUCCACUUCCACACGUCCCUGGGCAGCAGCAACUUUCUGCUGGUGAAGUUCAUCAACUACUCCCGCUUCAAAACAGAAUACACCUGCAAGACUGAUUGCCCGGACUUCACCGUGGACAAAAGCCUCGGCGCCUCACCGGGCUUCCAGGCCGGCUGCGAGGCCAGCGUGGAGGUUUGUUUCGAGCCUCAUCAGCUGGGGGAAGUGAAGGGACAGCUCACCCUGUCCUCAGCCAUCGGCGGUGAAUACGUCUUUCCCUUACACGGGAUCUGCACCCAUCCCAAAGCCCAGGGCCCGUUCACCAUCAGGGCCGGUCGCAACAUCACCAUCCCAUUCAAGAACGUCUUCAGGAAGAGCAUCCCUUUAACUUACCAGGUGGACAACCCCAGCUUCAGUGUGAAAGGAAACGACACCAUCUCCUCCAAAAAGAUACAAAACAUCGUGGUGUCCUUUGAGGCCCCUGCAGGCGGACCCCCGGGGCCCUGGUCCGGAAAGCUGACCAUCUCCAACCAGCGUGCUCAGGACGCGCCUUGCUCAUGGGUCUAUUACCUGAGGGGCUACCGUCCAGAUACAGCUUAG